AGGCCCGGGCGGCGGCGGCGGCGGUUGGUCAGGGGCGCGUCGGCCCCGCACAGAUUGAGCCGAGUUGUCGCCCCGCUGGGAGAAGUGACCCUCCUGCGCCUGAUCAGAACUCAGAGAAAUUAACUACUCCAAAGUCAUAUAGCCAGUAUUUUCUGGAGGUGGAAUUCAAAUCAGAUGUGUUCAAUACCUUCUACUACCCCAUUGCUGUCUUUAUGAAAAGAAAUUUCAUUUCAAUAUAGGUGACUAUGCAGCCUGCAAUUCAAGUAUGGUUUGGAGAAGAUCUGCCUCUAAGUCCUCGGAGUCCUCUGACUCCCAGACACGGACCAGGAUUGGCUAAUGUUUGUCAGUAUGAUGAGUGGAUAGCUGUGAGGCAUGAAGCCACUUUGUUGCCCAUGCAAGAAGAUCUGUCAAUCUGGUUAUCUGGUUUAUUAGGUAUUAAAGUUAAGGCAGAAAAAUUAUUGGAAGAACUUGAUAAUGGAGUACUAUUAUGUCAACUGAUCGAUGUUCUUCAAAACAUGGUGAAAACAUGCAAUUCUGAAGAAUCAGGGAAUUUUCCAAUGAGAAAAGUGCCCUGUAAGAAAGAUGCUGCAUCAGGUUCAUUCUUUGCUCGGGACAAUACCGCAAACUUCCUUCACUGGUGUAGGGACAUUGGGGUUGAUGAAACUUACCUCUUUGAAUCCGAAGGUUUAGUUUUGCACAAAGAUCCAAGACAGGUGUAUCUUUGUCUUCUUGAGAUUGGUCGAAUUGUGUCAAGAUAUGGGGUUGAGCCACCAGUGUUAGUAAAACUUGAGAAAGAAAUUGAGUUAGAAGAGACUUUGCUUAAUACUUCUGGGCCUGAAGAUUCCAUCAGCAUUCCAAAAUCGUGCUGUCAGCAUGAAGAGCUACACGAAGCUGUUAAACAUAUUGCUGAGGACCCUCCUUGUAGUUGUUCUCAUCGAUUUUCUAUUGAGUAUUUAUCUGAAGGACGGUACCGACUAGGGGAUAAAAUACUCUUUAUAAGAAUGCUUCAUGGAAAACAUGUCAUGGUUCGCGUUGGUGGAGGUUGGGAUACUCUUCAAGGAUUUUUGCUUAAGUAUGACCCCUGUCGAAUAUUACAGUUUGCCACACUAGAACAAAAAAUUUUAGCAUUUCAAAAAGGAGUUUCUAAUGAAAGUGUACCUGAUUCGCCUGCCAGAACACCUCAGCCUCCUGAAAUGAAUCCUUUGUCAGCAGUUAACAUGUUUCAGAAACAAAAUUCAAAACCCAGCAUGCCAGUUAGUAUUCCAAAAAGCAAAGAAAAACAGGGACGUCCACCAGGUGCAUUGGUGCCAGCAUCUUCACUGAAAGGAGGUAAUCUGGGCUCUAUGUCAGUCCGUUCUAAAUUGCCAAAUUCUCCCGCAGCAUCUUCUCAUCCCAAGCUCAAGUCUUCAAAAGGCAUAACAAAGAAACCGCAGGCUCCUUCAAACAAUGCAUCAUCUUCACUUGCUUCGUUAAAUCCAGUAGGUAAAAACACUUCUUCACCAGCUUUACCAAGAACUGCACCUUGUAUAUCUGAGUCACCGAGAAAAUGUAUUUCAUCCCCCAAUACCCCUAAGGCCAAGGUUAUUCCAGCCCAGAAUUCAGCAGAUCUGCCUGAGUCCACACUUUUGCCAAAUAAGUGUUCUGGAAAAACUCAACCUAAGUAUUUGAAACAUAAUCAUAUUUCUUCCAGAGAUAAUGCAGUAUCUCACUUAGCUGCACAUUCAAAUUCAUCCUCAAAGUGUCCCAAGCUACCUAAAGCAAAUAUACCUGUAAGACCUAAACCUUCUUUCCAGUCCUCUGCAAAAAUGACAAAACCCAGUUCCAAAACCAUAGCCACGGGUCUAGGAACACAGUCUCAACCAUCCGAUGGAGCCCCACAAGCAAGGCCAGUCCCAGCACAGAAACUUAAAUCGGCCUUGAAUUUAAAUCAGCCAGUUUCUGUGUCCUCAGUUUCUCCUGUAAAAGCUACACAGAAAUCAAAAGAUAAGAAUAUAGUUUCAGUUACCAAAAUGCAGCCUCAGAAUAAAAGUACAUUUCAGAAGACAGGACCUAGCUCCUCGAAGUCUCCUGGCCGUACCCCACUGUCCAUCGUGAGCCUUCCCCAGUCUUCUACCAAAACACAAACUGCACCGAAGUCAGCACAGACUGUCGCUAAGAGCCAGCAUUCAACUAAAGGGCAUCCCAAAAGUGGCAAAACCCCAGCUUCAACCAGGAAGCCACCCUCAUCUGUUAAGGAUGCAGAUAGUGGAGAUAAAAAACCUACUGCAAAGAAAAAGGAAGACGAUGACCAUUAUUUUGUCAUGACUGGAAGUAAGAAACCUAGAAAAUAAAUACAUAGUCAUUAUAAAAAAAGAGAAAAGGGAGAAUGAAUGUGUUAGCUUCACAUCUUAAAAGUUUCUCCUAUUUGUGUCUGUCUAAUGAUAGGUGCAGACACUAAGGAUAGUGAGGAUGGAGGCUGGGAUGAGGAAAGGGUUCAUCAGAAUUCACAUAUCUGAAUUCACCAGAAGGAGCCCUUCUGAAGCAAACAGUUGUAAAAUCACUGCAAGGUUUUUAUUAAUAAUAGACAUGUAUAUGAUUUUCAGUCUUUAGCAUCUUUGUUGACAUCUGCCUUUUGCAGGAAAUGUAAAAGUUAUUUAACACUACAAGAAUUUUAACAAUAGUUGCUCUAUUUUUGAAUAUGUAUUAAAUAUGGAGUUCAUAUACUGCUGAUAUCAAUGGUGGUGCUCUUACUAUUAGUUAAUUGCAUUUUGGUUAAAAAAAAAAAAAAAGCAAUGGUUUGGCACUUGUCCUACAAAAGGCACCUAAUUUAAUUUUCUGAUCAGGAUUGCCUGAUCCAACAAUACUAAGUCAUGGCUGCUGCUGACUAGCUUGGCAUUACUCUGUGUUAGGUAGAAUUCUUAUUAUUUAUUUUUUUUAAGCUUUCCAAAUCGGAAGGAACUGAUUGUUUCACGUGGCUGAUAUUUACAUUGGUAAUAUUUUGUCACCAAUAUUUUUGGUUAAAAAAAAUCCAACAAAUUAACUUACUGAAAUAUAAACAAAUUUUGUAAACAAUUUUUUAUAUUAUCUAUAAAAACUUAAGACACCUUAUGUUUCACAUGUUGUGCAAUGUGACAGGGGAAACUGAUUUAGUAGCUUUUAGCAUAUUAAAAAUAAUUUUUUAUAAUGUAAUUUCCUGUGAGUGCAGACCUGACAUUUUACAUUAAAAUAAUGUGAAACAUCUGAAUUAUGUUUUAACAACUUUAAAAUUAAGAUGAUAUUAAAAUAAUUUUAGAGUUAUGCUAUGUAAAAAUUCUAUCAUGAAAUUAUUUUUCUCUAGAUAUCACAAUACGGAUUUUAAUUAAUUUCUUCCAAUUAGGUUACUUUUCUUUAAUAAAGUUAUGCUGCCUUCAGUUUUCCAAUGGCAAGUAGACAAGAUAUGUUCAAGGUUUUCUGCACUGUAGGCACACACUCUCAAGAAGCAUAUCCCGAUCAUGUAAGGACUGCAUAAACUCCAUCAACCUAAGGUGAUACUUGUAAAUAAUUUAUUUUUAAGGGAUGGUGACUAUUUAAAAAUUAUUAAUGAACUUUGAGAAGUUUUAAGAGUGCUUUUAAUAGCUUCACAGUAUUGUCAAUUAUCAUAGGUUAUUCAGUAUUCAGGUUUGUGUUUCUCUGUUUUAAACUAAAAUGUGUUUUCUAAAGAAAAAAAUAAUAGUUUACACAAAUGUACAAUCAUAGAAUAAGCAUUUUAAGCUGGCGACUAGUGUUCUAUAGAUUACAAAGCAAGAAAACUUUCUAUGAUGAUAAGUGAUCUUUUGCCUGAAGAGUACAGAUAAAAUCAAAGAUGUGUGCAGGCUAGUUUUUGGAAGAAUUGAUGCUUCUCUUCUUUAAAGAGACAGUCACCAAUUACUUGGUUUAGCUCGACUAUUGACUUGGGCAUUGAGAGAGAUGAUAUAUACAUCUUUGGAAAGUGAAGUCAAUGUUCAAGAGGUGAUGAAGCUUUACUUUUUAGUGAUCAGAAAUAUUUAGUGCAUAUUUUCAGACAGGAAGAAUUUUAUCAUCAAGUAUUCCCUUAUAAAACCAAGUAACACUUAUUUAUCAGUAACUUUUAGAACUUAAAAGAAAGCAAAAAGUAAAUGGAAUUGUAUGUAGUCAACCUAUGAAUCCUAGUAGAUUUUACAAUAUGUAAUUUAUGUUGUUUACAGUAUAUAAACACUAAGUUUUGUGUCGAAUGUGAUCAGGAAUAAAAGUAUCCCACAGGCAUCUGACACAAAUUCCAGAAUUAGCCAAAGAAUUGUUUAUUUGAGGCCAGGCAAUCCCAGCAUUUUGGGAAGCCAAGUUGGGCAGAUCACGAAGUCAGGAGUUCGAAAUCAGCCUGACCAACAUGGUGAAACCUCUUCUCUACUAAAAAUACAAAAUUAGCCGGGCAUGGUGGCACAUGCCUAUAAUCUCAGCUACUCAGGAGGCUGAGGCAGGAGGAUCGCUUGAACCCGGGAGGUGGAGGUUGCAGUGAGCCAAGAUUGUGCCACUGCACUCCAGCCUGGGCAACAGAGUGAGAUCCUGUCUCAAAAAAAGAAAAGAAAGGAAAAAGGUGUAUUUGAAUAAUUGGAAGUCAGUUUAUACAUUACUAUUUUUCAGUAGUAGGGAAUUUCUCCGAUUACAUUCAUGUUGAAUGAAUUUUUAUUUGUAUAUAGCUUACCCUUCCAAAAUAAAAGUGGUUUUUUUUUUUACGUUGUUUUGUUUUGUUUUGUUUUGUUUUUUUCUUUUUUGAGACAGAGUUUCACUCUUGUUGCCCAGACUGGAGUGCGGUGGCACAAUCUCGGCUCACUGCAACCUCUGCCUCCUGGGUUCAAGUGAUUCUCCUGCCUCAGCCUCCUGAGUGGUUGGGAUUACAGGCAUCCACUACCAGGCCCGGCUAAUUUUUUUGUAUUUUCAGUAGAGAUGGGGGUUUCACCACAUCGGCCAGGCUGAUCUCAAACUCCUGACCUCAGGUGAUCCACCUGCCUCCGCCUCCCAAAGCGCUGGGAUUACAGGCAUGAGCCAUCACGCCCAGCGAAAAGUUUUGUUUGAAUAAACAGUAUCUGAAAGACAAUUCGUUUCUUCAGAUGUAUUUUGAAAUUCUCCUAAAGAGUUAGUGUUUCUACUCAUUUUCACAAUUUAAAAACAGCAUUUACAUUGUUGAAGUUGGGAGAACUUUCCAUCUCUUCUUAAUAACAGUGCAAGAUUUUAUAAAUUCUUUUUUGUGUUUAAUGAAACGAGUAUUAAGCUUAAAUUACUGAAGUACCUGGGAGAAGUAAUGAUGUGUACUUUCAAAAAAAUGGAAAAUGCUUUUAUUUUAUUUGCUAUAAUUUGUUAACACGACUGAUGUGUAAAAUUAAACUUCGGAGCACAAUGAAAUGCUGAUUAUUUUUACCUUGUUUGGGCUUAAAGUAGGUAUUUAAGGUUUAUGUCUUCAAAAUGCCUUGGUAAAUUAGAUGACCUCUAACUUUACUGUCCAUAUGGAGUUUGCCAUUCUUUAUGGAUAAGAGAAUUUAAGGAAAAGUCACUGUUUUUCUUCAGUCUUUUUAUAUCUAUCUGAUUUAAAAUCUGUUGCUUUAUUAAAAGGCUUCAACAACAGGUUGUUAGGAUGUAUUCUUACAUCCAGAUUCACAUAAUGACCCCAUUUUAAUCCAAAUUUGUGUAUAUUCUUUUCUUAUGCCAGCAGUAUUUGUACCCAAUUUUAACUUAUGUUUGUUUCUUGAGUAUUAAAAUUUAAACAUAUA